AACCAUGACCGAUCGAACCAACGGUCAAAACAGCAAAGACAAUAUACCACAAUGGGCUGGAUACAGCUACUUUAUGGAGUUGGAGGAGUCGUUGUUUCCCGACAACGAGGGAGACUUCGCCUCCUCCUUCUUGAAUCCUAGGAGGCCGAGAAACCAAUCGGCUCGGCCUGCUACAUUCGAUCCGGGAAAUUCGGACGAAGCCUGGCGUUACGUCGGCAACAGGGUGUGGACUGGAGAAGGAUUCGUGUAUGCUCCUCCUCCACCACCAGAAGAGCCAAUGGAUUUUGAAUCAUCGCAAAAUUCAUUCCUCCCACAAACUGGCACAUCAAAAGUGCCAGGAAUUAUAGAGAUUCUAGCAGGAUCCCCACAGGCCGAGGACUUGUCGUACUUUGGGAAUCCCCAAGGUUCCGGUUCUAGUAAGAACACUACUCGAUCGUUGCUCCUUCGACAGCAAGACAAAGACAAGUUCCAAUUUGUCGGGUGGAACAAUGAAGCGAAGCGGACACUAUACCGCUGGAAACGGAUAUUGAAGAAAGGUCCUUCCUUUUUCCUGCACCAAUUCCCGGGAGAGACCGAAGCAUCGGUGCGAGAUGCUUGGGACAAGUACGGUGAGGAGGGAAAGCGGCUGUACGAAGAGUGGGAGGCCGCGGAAGAGGAGUAAGGCGCGAUAGCCCACCGCGAUACUCGCUUC